AUGGACCGGACGCACCUUGUGGCGCCAGGUUUACGUCGGGGGGGAAUAUUAUGAACCAUCUAAGACAAAAGCACCAUCUUCGUAAUAUGUGUAGGUGUUUGACGCCCACAAACAUCUGCAUUAACGGCCGCCAGACAUUUGCUUGCACAGCAAAAGCAGCACUAUACCUUCAAAGGUCGCUCCCAUGGAGGCAAUAUAUGACUACAAGGCCCUUAACGUCUUCGCAAACUUAUCGCACCAUCUUCUCUAACAUGCACCAGCUGAACAUCUGAAGCCUGUAACUUUGUGCACUUGUGCGCGCACUUGCUCACCCACCUCCCUGUUGUGCUUCAACUGCGCUUUGAUCGUGAUGUAUGCGGCGGCGGCAGCGAUGACCGAAGAGGAGGGCAACGGAUCGGUGGCAGGCAGAGGCGGCGCGCUCCCAGCUUGGUUCAGUGGCCACGUCGCCGUAGCGAACAAGAGACAGGCAGAAGGUGGAUUCAACGAGCGUGCUCACAAGCAGGGGCGCCAGCGAGGCAUCGACAAGGAUACGCUGAGCGUGGCGAUGUGGACUUGCUCAUCACGAGCGCCUGGGAGAUCGCCGACCUGGCCGCCAACGCUCUCAAGCGUUACGAGAUGAUGGUAGCCGUUGGCCUCAUCGUUGCUUGUCACAAGUCGGGGCAGCAACACGACGAGGUCAGCAAAGACCUCAUGGAGAAGUCCAAGAAGGGCGUCGCCGUGGACUGGCGGGCGCGAGGUCCUCCGCACCUCCAAGCAUGCGUGGGAGCCAUCGUCUACGGCGCCGAGGUGACACAUUGGCAGGACCACAUCAGGAGCGCGAGAAGAAGUUGCAGUUCGCUUUCCAGACGGUGCGCCAGGAGAAGCGCAUGAUGGCCGAACCCGUGGAGUUGUCUCGUGCGGUGUUGUACCUCGUGUGCGGCGGAGGGAGGCAAGCACAAGUGUACGAACAUGAUGAAUUCGACACGACGACCGGUUUCAGGAGGUUGGUGGCGCCGCUGCUGGAGACCGUCGAGAGCGAGGUGUUCUUGGCAGAAGCCGUUAACCGUGGGCCUCUCGAGCGCGAGGUCGCGGCGAUGCGGUCCAGGGGGGCGCGUAUAAGCAGUGAUGAGUGAGGGAGGAGGUGGUCAUUUUUAGGGCAGUCUAGAGGCUUGGCGACGGAUUCACAUUCUCGGUCUGUUCCGGAGGCUUUCCCCAGCAACCUGCGCUUCGGAGAGCUUCAAGAGAGAGGGGAAUCUGCCCUCACGCCUUGCAUUUAGUGUUCCCACGCUUGAUAAUGAUAGUCUGCGGCAGACACCGAUUGUUUUUUGCACCCAGGGUUGAGGCUCCAAGCAGAGG